UUAGCAAAGAAAAAUAAAUAAAAAAAUAAUAAAUAAACAAGUAAAUCAAUUACAUUGAUUGAAUAGAUUAAAAAUGCAAAAACAGAAAUACUGCAUAUUAAAGAAAAAGUGAGGUUGUGUCCAAAGACUCAAUGUCCAUUUAGGAAUGAGACAGCAGAGGGGAAGAAGCUGUUCCUGAAUUGCAGAGUGUGUGCCUUCAUGCUUCUGUACCUCCUACCUGAUGGGAACAGUGGAGGUCUUUAAUAAUGGACACUGCCUUUCUGAGACACCAUUCCUGAGAGAUGUCCUGGUACUUUGUAGGCUAGUGCCCAAGAUGGAGCUGACUAGAUUUACAAACUUCUGCAGCUUCUUUCGGUCCUGUACAGUAGCCCCCCCCCCCCCUCCAUACCAGACAGUGAUGCAGCCUGUCAGAAUGCUCUCCAUGGUACAUCUAUGAAAGUUUUUGAGUGUAUUGUUGACAUGCCAAAUCUCUUCAAACUCAUAAUAAAGUAUAGCCGCUGUCUUGCCUUCUUUAUAGCUGCAUUGAUAAUGUUGAGACCAGGUUAGAUCCUCAGAGAUCUUGACACCCAGGAACUUGAAGCUGCUCACUCUCUCCACUUCUGACCUCUCUGAGGAUUGGUAUGUGUUCCUUUGUCUUACCCUUCCUGAAGUCCACAAUCAGCUCUCUCGUCUUACUGACGUUGAGUGCAAGGUUGUUGCUGCGGCAUCACUCCAUUAGUUGACAUAUCUCACUCCUGUACACCCUCUCAUCACCACCUGAGAUUCUACUAGCAAUGGUUGUAUUGUCAGCAAAUUUAUAGAUGGUAUUUCAGCCACACAGUCACAUGUACAGAGAGAGUAGAGCAGUGGGCCAAGCACACACCCAAGGUGUACCAGUGUUGAUCCUCAGCGAGGAAGAUAUGUUAUCACCAAUCCAUAAAUUCUUGUGAGUAUGAUACUUUCCUGUAAUAGCCUUUACUUCCUCUCAUAAUUCACAGAGUGAGAUUAAGGUUGCCUUGUGUAUCAGAAUGAAACUAGGUUCACUUUAUUAUAUAUCUCCAGAAUUUUCACGGAAAAGUUUUAAACAUCACAUUUCAUUUUAAGUUAUGCAGUUUGAAAUCUAAAUUCUCUGAUAAAUGCCAGUUUGAAUUCCAAUUAUUCAAAGGUUUGGUGAGCCAUUGCUUGUAACCCUUACACUUAUUUUUAUAGUCGGACAGUGGGUACCUGGAGAUCCUGAUGCUGUUUUGGACUCUUCUCCUACAAAAAGAUUUAUAUAGAUUGAAGAUUCACCAGACUGAUCCCUGAGAUAACAAGGCAAUAGUAUGAGAUGACAUUUAUUCAGUGGAGUUGAGAAGAAUGAGAAGAGAUCUCAUUCAAUGGUCCAAAAUUCUGAUAGGCCUUGACAGACUGGUCAUUCCCCUGGCUCUGGAUUCCAGUACAUACUGGUGGUCAGCGUCUCAACAUACAGGGCAAGAUAUUUAGGACUGUGCUGAAAUUCACUCUCGGAGGAUGGUUCUCCACUCAAAGUCAUUGAAUAUUAUUAAGGAGAUGGAUAGAUUGGGUAGACAAACUACAUGAAAGAUUAGGGAAACCUAGCAGGAACGUUGUAUUGGGAUAUUGGAUUAUUAGAGACCAUGUUGAAUGGUGGAGGAGACUUGCAGCAUUUUGCCGUUUGCCAUCUACCUUCUCUCAUUUUUCACUAUUUUUUAUGACCAGUUAUAUCUACAGAGGUAAGGCAAAAUACCCCAAACAAGAGAUGCCCAAAGCAUUAUCCUGAUACAAAAGGGGACUUAAUUAAUGAUUAAAAAAAACAAAUCACAUUGAUGUAAAAUAAGCAAAACAACAGCGUUCCUUUGGUAGAAACUAGUCAAUACCCAUCCAUAUGUGUUUAAAGGUUCAAAGGGUCAUUUGGCAAGCUUGUUAUGUACAAUGACACGCCAGGAUACACUAUGCCAUUUGGAAAGCUUCUGACUCAAGAUGUAACACUGCCACAUGGGACACUGCAGCGCUUACAUGCAGACAAAUAGGACUCCCGCAAUCUCCCGAGGGAAAUUCUUCGAAUCGCUCCGCUGCCCGUGAUUCAUUCUCAGUUCAUCUUGCGCUGGAGGUUACUGCAAUCUGUCUUUUUUUGAAAAAUAAUUCAGACGCAGUUGUCACUAUAACACCGUCACGAGAAGAAAUUUAAAAAUAACAUCUUGCAGGUUGCUGAAGGCGAAAGAUUAAGCGAGCAGCAGACGGGUCGGGACACUUGUGCCCUUUUAAGCUUCGGGCUGACUCACUCCACUUCCUGGUUGCGUCGGGGCCGGAGAACAACAUCUGGCGCUGGCGACACGGGAUGCGAGCACGGCGGCUGUAGCCUCCGCCGGCUCAGUCACCGAGUGAGGGACGAGGCCCCCGAACGGCUGCCAUGGCGACCGUAACGUGCAGGGUCCAGUUUCUGGACGACGUGGACCCGUUCGUCUGCACCAACUUCCCCGAGCCCAGGAGACCGCCGGUUUACAACCUGUACGAAGCCAUCCCCCUCGUCGCGCAAGUCGCGGGCGUUCACAGGCUGCUGGAUGCCCCGCUCAAGUUGGAAGACUGUGCACUGCAGAUAGGUCCAAAUGGAAAUUACUUGGAUCUGGAAUUGUCACUGGAUGAACAGAGAGAUGAUCUUGAAGCAUUUUUUGAAGAAGUUGGCAAAGGGAGGCGUCCCACCCUCAUCCUCCGGACACAGCUGUCGAUACGGGUUCAUGCCAUUAUAGAAAAGCUGUACAACUCAACCGGUCCUGAUUUAAGAAGAUCACUUUUCUCCUUGAAACAGCUAUUUCAGGAUGACAAAGAUCUUGUGCCCGAGUUUGUCAAUGCUGAAGGACUGACAUGCCUCAUCAAAGUGGGAGCGGAAGCAGACCAGAACUACCAGAACUACAUCUUAAGAGCUGUAAGCCAGAUAAUGCUGUUUGUGGAUGGAAUGAAUGGAGUCAUUAGCCAUAAUGAGACUGUCCAAUGGCUGUACACUCUGACAGGGAGCAUGCACCGCUUGGUGGUGAAGACUGCUCUGAAACUCCUGUUGGUGUUUGUGGAAUAUACAGAGAGCAACGCUGUUCUUCUGAUCCAAGCUGUCAACAUUGUGGAUGAUAAAAGAUGCACCAAGAAAUGGACGAGCUUAGUUGAAAUUCUGGAGGAGAAGAAUGGGGCUGAUUCUGAGCUGCUUGUUUUCACUAUGACACUUAUUAACAAGACCCUAGGAGCUCUUCCAGACCAGGAUUCAUUCUACGAUGUUACUGAUUGUCUUGAGCAACAGGGAAUGGAAAACAUCAUCCAAAGGCACAUGAGUAAUAAAGGAACUGACCCAGACUUAAAGCAGCAGUUUACCAUUUAUGAGAAUGCGCUGAAGCACGAGGAUGGUGAAGAUGAUGGGAACACUCCAAAUGCACGGCGGGAUAGAAGGAAGCUGACUGCUAAUGUCGAUGAUGGACGAAAAAACAGACGAUCUGCAGGACAAAAUAUGGCCGAGCUGACACCAACCAGGCCAGCGGAGGCUACUGUUCACAAACUCGCCCCUGAAGGAAUGAGCCCCAGCAGUCACACAACAUAUGACAUUAAGUCUUCAAAGGCGAUUUACAUCCAUCCAGAGCAACCUGACAACCAAACACAACCUACAAUAACUUCAACCGCACCUGCAAGCCCAGAAAGAGACCUAAACUCGCCAUCUGCAAACCAAGAGCCUGCUGUGCAAAAUGUGUCUUCUUCAUUUAAUAAGUCAGAUCUGUUGAACAUAUCCUCAGAAAAGAAAACUGUGAAGGUGGGCCCUGGAGAAAGAAGUAUUUUCAAGGCUGAGUGGAUUCCUAUUAGGGAUAAGCCAGUUCUCAAAAAAUAUGAAAAUCGCUUUUUAGAAAAUCUUGCUGCAUCGCAAAAAGAGAGGGAUGCCAACAAGCAGCAGUCACCUCAUGUGAUGUCUACGUUCACAGUCAGAACCCCUGAUGUCGAGGCACUAAGUGAAAAGGAACAACAGAAUGAAGCGCUAAAUGAAAGAGAAACUUGCUCAGCCUCCAGCAGCUCCUCGACCAGCAGUACGUUGGAGAGGGAAGAGAGAGAAGACAGACAGGCGGGCAAUAAUGAGACAGCAGGUCAAUGCCUUAUCCGCCAGUCCAGCCUGGAGCAGUGCAGUGCUAUCUCCAGUGACAAGAAGUUUAUGCUGGACAUGUUAUAUGCCAAAACCAAGGCCAGCAGCUCGAAGGUAACCCAGGAGGAGGUCUCUACUGCAAGUGAGAAGAAACUUGCAGAGGAGGCUUUGAUGGAAUCCACAGCAAGUUUGAUGGAACGCUUUUCCAAGCAGGACAUCCAUCAGAAUGAGGAAAGUCAAAAGAAACCCAUCACUGAAAGCAUUGCUGGGAAUGUAAAAGCCACUUUGGAGAAAUUUGCUGAACCUCAGAUCAAGACUUUGAAGCAACAGUUUAGUAUUGAGGCUGAACUGAAUGAGAAAAAUGUAGAGAAAACUCCUAUAAUUAUGCCAUUGAAGAAGGACUCUGAAUACAUGUGGGAUCAGCUUGAAGCAAGUCCAAGAAAGCUGAAGAUCAAAGAUUUAGACUUUACAGACCUACGAGAUGAGGAGGACGUAGAUGUUUUGGAUGCAGACUCUGACGUGGUUGAUAAGCAAGCUGUUCCAUCACUUGGUAGCUCAAUGGUUCCACCUCCCCCACUACCCCCUGCACCUCCCGGGUGUCUGUCACCUCCACCUCCACCACCGCUACCGCCACCACCACCACCAUCUUUCGGAUUAGUUCCUAGCCCUCCUGCCCCUCCUGCCCCUCCUCCACCCCCACCUUCCAGUUUGUCAUCACCCCAGGGAGCAGACUCUGCAUUUACAAAGAAGAGAAAAACUGUUAAGCUCUUCUGGAAGGAACUAAGGCAACCAGAACGCCCUUUCAGGAGCUGUAAAUUUGGCCGGGGAACAGUCUGGUCUUCCUUAGAUAAAGUAACUGUGGACACUACUAAGCUAGAACACUUGUUUGAAUCUAAAGCAAAGGAACUACCUUCAAAGAAAGGAGGCGAGGCCAAGAAGCAAGGGUUAAUCGUACUAGAUCCAAAGAGAAGCAAUGCAAUUAACAUUGGCCUUACAGUGUUGCCUCCAGUGCACAUCAUAAAAAAUGCUAUCCUCAACUUUGAUGAAUAUGCAAUCAACAAAGAGGGGAUUGAGAAAAUCCUGACUAUGGUUCCCACUGAAGAAGAGAAACAGAAGAUCCAAGAAGCUCAGUUGGCAAAUCCUGAUGUUCCCCUCGGUUCAGCUGAGCAGUUCCUUUUAACCUUGGCCUCCAUCAAUGGGAUCAAGGCAAGGCUGCAGCUCUGGGCUUUUAAACUGGACUAUGAGGCCAUGGAAAAGGAAAUAGCCGAGCCAUUGUUUGACUUGAAACUUGGAAUGGAGCAGCUUGCAAAGAAUAAGACCUUUAAAUCACUUCUGGCAACUCUGCUUGCUAUUGGAAAUUUUCUGAAUAACUCUAGUGCCAAGGGAUUUGAACUGAGUUAUUUGGAGAAAGUAUCUGAAGUAAAGGAUACUAUCCAGAGGCAAUCGUUGCUGUAUCACACGUGUAACCUGGUAGUGGAGAACUUCCCAGACACAACAGAUGUGUAUUCAGAAAUUGCCGCGAUUGCAAGAUCUGCCAAGGUUGACUUUGACCAACUGGCAGAAAGUCUUGUUCAGCUGGAGAGGAAAUGCAAAGCUUCAUGGGAUCACUUGAAGGUUAUCGCAAAGCAUGAAACAAAGCCUGUCUUAAAAAAUAAAAUGACAGAAUUUCUAAAGGACAGCACAGAAAGGAUUAUAAUCCUCAAAGUGGUACAUCGUAGAAUUAUAAACAGAUUCCAUUCUUUUCUCUUGUACCUUGGUCAUCCUUCAAACACCGCUCGGGAGCUGAAGAUUACCAAGUUCUGUAAAAUAAUUAGUGAAUUUGCACUGGAGUACCGGACCACCCGAGAGAGGGUACUACAGCAGAAGCAGAAGCGAGCUGCUUACCGAGAGAGGAACAAGACACGGGGCAAAAUGAUCACAGAGACGGCAAAAUUCUCUACUGCGGCCGGUAGUACUGAGAGCACCCAAGCACCUGACUUGUCAGAUCCCCAGCUGCAGGCAGACGAAGCACAUGAAAACAUGAAAAAUCUUUUGACUACUCCAGAGCCACAAACUCGAAGGAGCAGAGGCAAUAGGUCUGUUGGACGAAUCAGCCCACCAAAUCUUUCUACCCCUAAAGAUGAAGCAGCAAGUCCAGCUGAUGAUGCUACUGAUGAAAUCAUGGACCGCCUGGUAAAAUCUGUCACACAGAAUCCGAAUCAAAGGGCAUCUACUCCCAAGGAACGCAAAAGAUCGAGAGCAAACAGGAAAUCCUUGCGAAGAACACUGAAGAGUGGCCUGACCCCUGAUGUAGUCCAAGCACUGGGUUUGUCUAAAGCAUCAGAAGUCGAAGUGUAAAUCAACUUGAAUACAGAUGAAACAAAAUUUGGUGCCUUAGCAUUCAGACGUCUAAGCUAACUACAAAAUAUACAGAAAUCAUGAUUGUAUUUCUUAGAUUUGUGACAAGCUCCGGAACUUUACCCUUAAUUGUUAUGAUGAACUUGGGCCUUAUCUUCACAUAUUGUUGGAUAGAAUCUUGUAUUGAACAUAAGUCAUUUUCAGAGCGUUCACAAAAUUCAAUAGUCCAUCUCAUUCUAGGUAAUGGAUUUGAAGGGCAAAGUAGUCAUAAAUAUCCCUUCUCCAUUUAAGCACCAGCCAAUAUUUUCUGCCUAAGUUAUAAGCAUUCAAAUAAAAACCUGCAUUCGUAUCCUUACCCAAACACCUUUAUUCAGUACUUUAUUGAAGGCAGUGAUCCUUGCUGGAGUACAGUCCUCUGGAUAUUGCUCACUUUCCAGUAGCUUACAGGCAUGAACUUGAAUAGUUGUGAUGGAAAGCAAUUGGAAGAUGAUCUUCCCAAUUCAGCUUGACCCUGUCCUCAUCGAAAGUGCACUUGUGCACUUUUAGAGGAAACUCUUUAUGCAAGCACUAGCCUGUCGAGAUAUUGAGAGCCCACUCUUUCCACUGUUGGCAGUAAUUAACAAACUGACUCCAGACCAGGGAUUGAACUUCUGGUUUUUUAUGGCUCACCCAAUGUGUUUUAUCCCCUUGAGCCAACAGGGUUUGCCACUAAACUUUAAAUACUAUAGAGAUUUAUUAACUUUGGGUUUAAUGUUACAAUUUUGUCUACAACCGUGUUUUAAUGUUGUAAAAUUGCUGGUUUUUUAACCAUGUUAUAAAAAUAUUUUCAACUGACAGGGUGGAGAAAUGUAGUGAAUAAUAAUGAAUUACUACAUUGUAGUUAAAACAAAAAAAGAAUAAAGUCUAUUUGUUUGUUAAGAUAACAAUAAAAGUGUAUUUGGAGGUGUCUUGAUGUAGCAUGAUAAAAAAAUCUGAUAUCAGAUAUGCACAGACCAGCACACUCUGUGUUAUCCAUAUUAUUGGAUAUAAAUUUGCACUUGGAAGUCACCUUUAUCUUUAUGGCAGUAUUAAGAUCACACUUUAAAAACCACUAAUUGUGACAGCUCAAUAAAUACGGUGGAUUCUGGUUAAUUGGGACACAUCAGGACCAGUACUUUUUGGCCCAAUUAACAGCUGCCCCGUAAGCCUUCAUGGAAAUAGCUAAAAGGUAUAACAAAGAUAAACUACCAUUUCAAUGAGUAACAAAUCGUGCAUUUGAAUAAAAUACAGAACAAAUUAGAGCACUACCCAUGCUACUACAGUAUUAUAAAACUAUGUAUUAGUUCUAACAGAAGGACUCAUUGCUGCCGCAUUCUUUUGAUUGACUGUAAAUGGUCAAAGUUAGCACAGACACCUAGUGCAGAUACUGGACUGCCUUCUUUGCUUUCCUGUGUAAAAGCAUGGUGUUGUGUCUAACAGCCACGCAAGUACACACAGCUAAUGCUAGUUAGAACCUGAUCGGUGACAGUCUCUUGUCCCAAUUAAGCAGCAUCGUGUCCCAAAUAAACAAAGGGAAUCCAGGUUAUUUUAACAAAUUAGUUUUUAUUCUUUAAGAGUUGUCCCAAAUAAAGGGCUGCUUCGAUUAAUCAAUGAACCAAUUAACUGGAAUCCACUAUAAGUUGCAGAAUUAUUCUGACUGCAAUGUAUAAUGCUCCAAAUGCACCUUUCCUUGAGUGUUUUGCAAGCUGACGUAAACAAACAUGCAGAUUUAAACAAUGUAUUCACUGUUACAAAUGUGUACCAUUCUACUUUUUUUAUAUAAAAAAGUCAAUUGUCCUCUAGGAUUGUUCAAUGUAUUUUGAUAAACUUUAUUUUUAUUGUUUUUGAAUGUUUGUAUUAUUGCAGCAAUUAAAUAUUUCACAUUUUU